GGACGGCCGGGGGAAGAGAGAGAAAAGGGCGUUUGAUAUAUGAUUGCUGUGUCACGAUCCACAUGUGACGGCCGUCCUAAUGGGCAGAGCAUCCAGCCCGCUCCCUCCCUCUGCCAAUUUCCCCCUGUCGGAGAUGAAACGAGGGAGCGUGUGAGUGUGGGACAGAGGAAAGGCAGAGGGAGGAGGUGAGAGGGAGACAGAGGGAGGAGAGAGUAAUGCUCAGACAAUCCCUGUGUGUGAGGGAGAGGUAGAAACAAGAGGAGCUGGCCGGGAAACAAUAGUAGAACAAAUCCUGUGUUGCAUGCAGGAGCUCAGAUUCUCAGCUGACUGCGAUUGAAGACUGAGAUGGACUGAGGCGGCGAGGGAUGGAGUGGCCUGCCCUCCUGCCAUCUUUCUUUUCCCUACACCAUCCUGACCUCCAACCUGCGUCGCCCUAGAAGGCAGAGAAUAAGAAACGCUCCUGUGCGAGACUCGGCUAACCAACGUGGUAAGCUGCCAGAGGGGCCGCAGUUAAGAAACGUGACACAUUGGCCGCCCCUGCAGCAUCAGGAGCCUCGGAGGGUCCCAGUCAUGAAACCUUCGAUCUCUGCCGGCCCUCCUUCUGGACUCCUGCUGGUCCUGAUGUGUUGUCCCCUGCUGGGCCUGGUCCAAUCGGCCAGCAGCAACAAGGCUGGCGACAAGGGACACCAGCAUCUGGUCGACACCGACCCAGAGCGCUGCAUGAGGCACCACUUUGUGGAGACCAUCACGCAUCCAAUUUACAAAUGCAACUCUAAGAUGGUGUUGCUGGCACGCUGUGAGGGCCACUGCAGCCACACCACCCGCUCAGACCCUCUCAUCUCCUUCAGCUCUGUGCUCAAACAGCCCUUCAAGAGCUUCUGCUCCUGCUGCCGACCACACACCUCCAAGCUGAAGGCGGUGAGGCUGCGCUGCGCCGGCGGGACUCGCAUUACGGCCACCUACAGAUACAUCCUAGCCUGCAACUGUGAGGAGUGCAGCUGAGUAGGCAGCGGUUCCCUCCGACAUCCCCAAGACUCUCAAGCUCCAGCAUUUUUCUUGGCCUUGGACCUCGUUCUAAAACUGUUCUGAGUGCUCGGUUGAUUUUUGGAUGAGAAAUGUGCUCCAAAAAAUGCUGGACGUUAACAGUUUGUGGGGAAUCAGAUCCCCCUUCACAUGCUCCUUAUAAUUGACCUGCAGCCCUGGGACACAUGUAGAACAUACUAUACCGUCUCCAUUAUACGUGCUUUCAAUCACAGUGAACCGUGCACAGCCUGUUUCUUCAGCUCACGAGGCCAAACACCACAAACCACUGAUCCCAGGGGCCAGUUUGAGACCCUCCCCACCCGAGAGACACACUCCGCUCAUUAAAGGCCUCAGUAAUCCAUUACACACACGCUCGCAAACCGCAGCGUGGCGCAUAGAAGUAUCUGUGACAGCUAAGCGAACCCCUCCCAUGCAUUUGACAACAAAACAACAUGCCUCGUUAAAAUGCGGCAUGGGUAAAGGACGAGGCCCCCACACGCACGAGGGGGGUCCCGCAUGAGCCCAGGUGUACGAUGGGUCUAUUACAGGAACAUCUGUGCUGUUACUCACCCAAUAACAUUUAACACACUCCCUGCAGGCCUUCACCUAGCUGUGUAAAAACCUAACUGAUGCUUACAGGAGAGCUCAUCAUGUGCGCGAUAAAAGAGAAGCAGAGGGCGAAGUGAGCCCCGAGGUACAAAAAAAAACACGACCAAGGACGAACGUGUAACCCGCCCAUGGUUGUUGGCUUGGACUGUGCCUAGACUGUCAGUCGUGUUAGUGUUCAUUAAAAGUGUAGUCUUUUCGAGUCUUUGUGAUGUUCAUGUCAGCGUUGUUGUAACUGUGGCCUCCUUCAUGCCAGGUUGCCUUGAAAAAGAUUUUAUUCCCCUCACACCUUUUUUCACAUUUUGUUAUUUAUUGGGAUUUUAUGUGAUAGGCCAACAGAAGGUAGUGCGCAGUUGUGAAGUGGAAGGAAAAUGAUACAUGAUGGAUGUCAGAUUAUUAGUAUUUUUUUGGUAAAACCAUCUUUUUCAGAAAAGUAUAGACUGGAAUGUUUCUACUUUGCACUGUUAGCAAAAGUCUCCCUAGCAAAAACAUUGAAUUCAGGUGUUUCCUACGGCUCCCCCGGUGUAUAAAACCCCCGCACCUCCAGUAGACUGCUUCUACAAACAUUACUGUAAGAAUAUAUUACUGUCAGGAGCGCAAUGAAAUUUUCCCAUUGCUGAAUAGUCCAGAGUCAACUGUCAGUGGUAUUAUAACAAAGUGACAGCAACAGCAACAGAGCGCACACAGGUCACCCAUUUUCUCCAAUUGUCACAGACUUCUAGACUUCAUGUACAGAGAUUGCAUUGAGAGCUUCAUGGAAAGGGGCUUCCAUGGCUGAAAAGUUGUAUCCAAGCCUGCAUCAACAAAGGCAAACCAAAGCAUCGGAAGCAGCGGUGUAAAGCACACCGCCUCUUGAUUAUAGAGCGGUGGGGACAUGUUCUCCGGAGUGAAGAACACUCUGUGUGAUGAUCCAAUGAUUGAGUCUAGGUUGAGUAGUUGGCAGAAGAACAGCACUCUCCUGACUGCAUAGUGUUGUGUCUAAAGUUUGGUCCGGAGGGAAUUACGGUGCUGGGAAAGGUUGCCAAGGGUUGGGAACCUCUUAAUGCUGCACUGUCUCAAAACGUUUUUGACAAUUUUAGGCCUCCAACUUUUUGAGAUAUAUAGGUUGGGGAAUGAUCCCCUCCUGUUACAACACGACUGCAAACCAGUACACAAAGACAUGGAUGAGGAGGUUUGGUGCGAAAAAAACUUGAAUGGCCUGACCUCAACCUGAUAGAAGACCUCUGGGAGGAAUUAGGUUGGAGACUGUGAGCCAGGCCUUCUCGUCCAAGGUCAGUGUUUGACCUCACAUAUGCUCUUAUAGAAGAGUGGUCAAAACAACCUCCUAAACUUUUAAGCAAGCCUUCCCGGAAGGGAUUAAGAUGUUAUCACUUCAGAGGCUGGGUGGACAUCAUAUUAAAUCAAAUGGAAUAAGAAAGACUGUCACUCAGGUUUCUGUGUGUGAGGGCAGAUGAGCAAAUAUUUCUGGCAAUAUAGCAGAGCUUUUUCGUGAGGAAGAAAGUCUUCUGUGAUCAGCACGUGAUCUGUCUUGUCACAGAUUCUCCAUUGAGUUUAGGUCUGGUCUUUACUGGGCUGUUCUAAUGAAUAAACUUGGAUUUGAAUCAUUCCACUGUAGCUCUUGGUGCAUGUUUAUAGUUGUUGUCCUGCUGGAAGGUGGACCUCUGCCCCAUUCUCAGAGUCUUUCACUGCCUUUAACAGGUUUUCAUCCAGCAUUGUUUCACAUUUAUCUCCAUCCAUCUUCCCCUCAACUUUCACCAGCAUUCCUGCCCGCUGGGAGGAUUGGGACACCGGUCACUCAGCAUGAUGGUCCCACCACCAUGUGUCCGUGAAAGGGAUCAUAUGUUGCAGGAGAUGACAAGUGUUGGUUUUCUGACCCAAAGUGUUCUGCAUGUAGGCCAAAAGGUAAUUUGACCAGGUCACCUUAUUCCACGUGUUUUUCAUCUGUCCUCUACAUGGCUGCGCUUUCAACAUCCGCUUUCUUCUUGCAACUCUUCCAUAAAGGUCAAAUGAGUGUAGGGCCUGACGAAUGGUGAACCUCUGCAGCUCCUCCAGAGUUACCAUGGUUGCAUCCUUUGAUUAAUGUUCCCCUUUAAUGGUUAGUUUACAUGGACGGCCAUGUAAUCUCUGAGUUUUAAACCACAACUUUCUCCCUGACCUGUCAGCAGUGCUCCUUGGUCUCCGUGAUGCUGUUUGUUCACUAAUGUUCUCUAACAAACCUCUGAGGCCCUUCACAGCAAAGCUGGACUUAUACUAAGCUGACAUCACCCAAUACUGGACUGUAACAUAUAAUUAGGUUACUUCAGAACAAAAUAAGUUGUACUGGAUGUAUUUAGGGGUAUGAGAGUACAGGAUGUCAAGUACUGUACACAGCACUAUAUUAUUUCUGCCGAACAUCUAAUUUUCAUUCCCUACGUAGUAAUAAUAAUGCCCUUCUUUGUGUUGAUCUAUCACAUAAAAUCCCAAUAAAUUCCACUGAGGUUUGUGGUUAAAAUGUGAAAAAAUGUGGUGUGUGUAUACAAGGCACUGUUCAAUUGCUGCUAUUGCCCGUUGUGUAUUGUUACUCCUUACAUGUUCAAACAUUGCUACAGUUGCUCUGCAAACGUCCGUGAUACCUGCAACCAUUCUCCUUACAGUCGAGGACGAUGAAUACAGUACGUUAAACUCUUACACGUUUCCCUCUGUUCGUGUGUGACUCAUUCAGCCUUCAGAAUGUCUGGUCCGUGUAUCUAAGUGUAAAAUAUGUCAGUGUUGAAAUUGUGGUUUUUGUAUAAUUAAAACCCUUAAACCACAACGUGUUCAGUGCUUACAUGCAA